UUUACACUGGGUUCUCCAGAGAAACGUGAAGCCAGCGAUAUAAUUCAACCCAGAACUGAGCCUGAGAACCCAGGAGGCUGAUAGAAAUCCCAGCCUGAGGCAGAGGAUGAAGUAAGAUGUCUAGCUCCAGCUGUGAGGUUCAGGUGCUUGAGCCUGGCCCCCAGCAGAAGGUGCUGCUUAGGGAUGUUGUGGACCCUCUGGGACAUGGGGCCCAGAUGGCAGAAGUGUUGACCUGGCCUAGAAGGUGACACAAGCUUUCUGAGCUCUCUCUGCUGCCUGUUCCAUCAAGAUGUCAGAGAUCCACCACAUACUCCAUCCACCAUGAACUCUACCAAGCCUUCCCCACCAUGGACUCCACCAUAUACUCCAUCAGCAUGGACUUCACCAUAUACUCCAUCAGCAUGGACUCCACCAUAUACUCCAUCAGCAUGGACUUCACCAUAUACUCCAUCACCAUGGGCUCCACCAUAUACUCCAUCACCAUGGAUGCCACCAUAUACUCCAUCAGCAUGGACUUCACCAUAUACUCCAUCAGCAUAGACUCCACCAUAUACUCCAUCAGCAUGGACUUCACCAUAUACUCCAUCACCAUGGGCUCCACCAUAUACUCCAUCACCAUGGAUGCCACCAUAUACUCCAUCAGCAUGGACUUCACCAUAUACUCCAUCAGCAUGGACUCCACCAUAUACUCCAUCAGCAUGGACUUCACCAUAUACUCCAUCACCAUGGGCUCCACCAUAUACUCCAUCACCAUGGAUGCCACCAUAUACUCCAUCAGCAUGGACUUCACCAUAUACUCCAUCACCAUAUACUCCAUCCACCAUAUACUCCAUCACCAUAUACUCCAUCACCAUAUACUCAAUCACCAUAUACUCCAUCACCAUGGACUCCACCAUAUACUCCAUCACCAUAUACUCCAUCCACCAUAUACUCCAUCACCAUAUACUCCAUCACCAUAUACUCAAUCACCAUAUACUCCAUCACCAUGGACUCCACCAUAUACUCCAUCACCAUGGACUCCACCAUGUAUUUUCCACCUUGGAUUCUACUAUGCCUUCCCCACCAUGAAUUCUGCCAUAUGCUCUGUCCACCAUGAACUCCACCUUGAAGUGGAGUCCCCACCAUGAAGGAUGAAACUGAGGAAGGAUGUCUCUAGAAUACUCCAAAGCUCUCUACCUCUGUCAGACAUUCUUCACAAGGACAAGAAAAGUGAUUCACAUGGAACAGUCAGUGCAGUGCUCCUGAUAAAGCGAAACUGAGUUUACCAUGAAGUGAAAGAUGGUCCCUCCCAGCCAGGCAGUGGUGGUGCACACCUUUAAUCCCA